AUGGCAAUAUGCCAGCAGCCGGUAGCGGCCGAUAUUAAGACGACAGAUGAUUUUCAGUUUUACACUGGUGGAGUAUUCAGUAAAAACUGUGGAAAUGGGGUGAUAAACCACUCUAUGACCAUUGUUGGAAUGGGGGAGACUGAUGACAGCGUAAAGUACUGGAAACUGAAGAACUCAUGGGGUCAGGAUUGGGGCGAAGGAGGGUACAUGAGAAAGAUCAGAGGAACUGGCAAGCCAGAAGGUCAUUGUUUCAUGACUUCAUCAAUGCGAGAGCUUCUUAUCCCAGAAUUGAUUGACGAUGAGAAUAUGGGACACAUUUUCCAAUAA